AUGUGCUUGAAAGCCGCUCUCGUGGCGUCGGCGCUCGUAGCCGCGCGGCUCGUCUCGGGCCACAGCGCCAUCAUCAAGGCAGUCGGCGACGCCGGCGGCGCAGGCUCGGGCCUGGGCGUCGUCCCCGGCACGCCGCGCACGGGAACCGGGCGCAACCCGUUCCAGCAGGACUCGACUCGCUUCCGCGGCGCGUCGGCGGACACGUUUGGCGAGACGCUCGGGGGCGGGCCCAACGACCUCGAGGCCGGCACGCAGGCCAUCAUGGCCCAGAACGGCGACAAGCUGCCGCAGGUCACGCCCGGCGGCAGCCUGCAGAUGACGGUGCACCAGGUCAACGCCGACGGUGCCGGGCCCUACACCUGCAUGAUCAACGCCGACGGCCAGGGCCAGAACUGGCAGGAGAUCCCGGUCACGCAGAACAUUGAGGGCAGCGCGCGCGGCCGCAACAACGCCGGCAGCAAGACCAACCAGAAGCUCGUCGCGCAGAUUCCCGCCAACCAGCAGUGCAGUGGCAGUGCUGCGGGCCAGCAAGGCUUGUGCAUGGUCCGGUGCCAGAACCCUGCCCGUGCUGGUCCCUUUGGUGGUGUUGUGCCCGUGCAAUUGGCGUCUGGGAAGGACGGGAAUGCUACUGCUACUAGUCCGGCUGGCAAUGCUGGAAACGCCGGAAAUGCUGGCAAUGCCAAUGCUGAAAAUACUGGAAACGCCAAUGCUGGCAAUGCUGGCAAUGCCAAUGCUGAAAAUACUGGAAACACCAAUGCCGGCAAUUCUGGCAAUGCCGGCGCCGCCAACGCCGUUGGAAACACGCAAGCCAGAGGCAAAAAGGCCGCCUCUCGAGGCAGCAAGAACAAGGCCAAUAAGGCCGCCGCCGCCGACGACGACAACGCCAACGACAAGCGCGGCGUCGACUACGGUGCCUUUGCCAAGCGCGUCGACAGCAAGUCUCGUGCCGUUGAUUUCACCGCAUAA